AUGGCUGCCUAUCCUCAUGGCUCGGACGAGCGAUCUUCAUACGUCGCUGCCUUCCGCUCCCUUCAAGCGUCAACAAAGUUGAUCCAUGACCUUGCCGUCAAGUUUCACCUGCUAAGCGGGAGCAGACAAAUGUCGUCUGCUCGCAAAGGCAGCGGGUUCACGAGGGGCAUUGUUUAUGCUUUAAUGGCCUCAUCGUUCCUUGCUUGCGAUACGACUCCUGUGCAAUGGGAAAACAUUCCUCCUGUCGGACAAAGUCCGGCUGCAAGGUAUGGUCAUAGCAUGGCUGUGCUGCAUAGUGCAGAGGGAACGCCGAUCCUGUACGGAGGCUCCCGAAAGAAGAAUGGGGCGGAGGAGAUCCUGUGCGAUGUGUGGAGGCUGGAUUCAGUCGGGAGAUUCUGGAGUGAAGUCAAGCCUAACAGACACAACUCAAGUGUCUGUGCUCUAGACGGAACCGCUCACAAGGAUCCUGGCUGCCGAAGUGGACACACGAUGAUCUCGGUUGGCCAGGCAGCUCUGAUGUGUGGGGGGUACGUGUCGAGAAGCAAUGAGAGCUUCUCUUUCUAUGAUCCUCUGCGCCUUGACUGCUGGCUUCUACAUUUCAUUCCGUAUCCUUCAUGGGAGCAAGUAUCGUUCGAGGGCUCGACUCCUGCCGCACGGUGGGGUCACAGCAUGUCUUUCGACGAGCGCACGGGGCACGCACUAUUGUUCGGAGGAGUAGACAGCACAGGCAUACAUCCCAUGGACGACUGCUGGUUUGUUCCCAUCACAAGUGCCGCUGCCUCGACCCUCCAGUGGCAAAGAUGUCAGGAUGUGACCGGCACUUAUCACCCCUCAGCGAGGUUUGGUCACGGGACAGUGUUUCACAGUGACACCCAGUCGUUCUUUGUGUUCGGUGGUUUUGCUCAUCGAGACUCUGCUGUCUUGAUGGACAACUCUCUGUGGGCUCUCAUUGACUUCGCUGACAAGGCUGACGUGCGUUGGGAAGAAAUCUUCCCCAACUCAAAGAAGCCCACAGGCAGAGGUUUUCAUUCCAUGUGGCUUCUGAACUCGCAGUUGUUCAUUCACGGAGGUCAGGGAUGGGGAGGGCAGGGAACGUCUUCAGUGUUCUCCGACACUUGGACUUUCGAUGUUCACACUCUGCUAUGGUCGAAAUUUGGCUCAUCUGAAUCCGCUCCAGCAACUUCGCACAUGCCUGUCAGUGUUGUCUUCUCGUCUGAUGCGUACGGCUUUGGUGGUCUUGGAGCAGAAGGGCAGGAGACGGGCAGAGUCUGCGGUUGGAAAAAGUCCCCCGGCGAGAACAGGCUCUUUGCCUCUCUUGGUGUCAGUUACGGGCCUUCUCGCCUCGACGACCUCUGGAGCUUGGACCUCAACGAUGGUCGCUGGACUUGCCAGUAUGGCGAUGAUCCCUCGUGCCAGAAGCCUCUGCCCACCCUCCGACCUCAAGCACGAGCAUUCCCUUCCUAUGCCUCAUCAGGCCUGGUGAAACUUGUGCAUGGCGGGGUGCUUCUGAAUGACAAACUCUGUACUGCGUAUCCUCUGAGGAUCGCCAACGCCGAGAUGGUGGAUGACUUGUGGCUGUUCGACUCAGUCGCCAUGCUGUGGUCUCCGAUAGCGCAAACUGCGCAACGACCACAGGCGAGAGCGUUUAGCUCGAUGGUGUCCGUGUCAUCCUUGGACGGAUAUCGUCAGCCUUUCGCAAUUGUCGGGGGAGCAUCAGCACUGAAAUGUGCAGACAACCCAAGCUUCUGCGAUGUGUUGCAACCAAUGAAUGACAUCUGGCUUCUUGACGCGUACAGCAAGAGUGCUGAUGACACCCGCAAGAUGGCGAGCUUUGACGGGAAAGAUGACGUCAUUCAGAUCAGUUUACCAUCCUGGUGUGCAUCGGCUGCCAGUCUGUCUCUUCUUCAUUUCGACUCUUGGAUUUGCUUCCACGUGGUAGACUCGUCGCCUAUGAUCGUCUUGGAAGCGUACAGCAAUGCCCUGCCAGUUUUUCGGUUGUACAUCCAGAGAGCGCAAGGAGGGAUUUUCGCCUCGCUGCUUCUCCGUCCGGGAAAGGUCGAGACACUUGUCAAGACGUGGGGCCCAAUAGAAGAUACAAUAGUAGGACGAUGGCAUCAUUUCUGCCUCACCUUACGCUUUGGUCGAAUCUUCUCUGCCUUGCAUGCGGAGCCAGACGUGGGGGUAGCUCAAGCCUUCCUCUUCAUCGACGGGCGAAAUGUGGGCGAGGCAGGAAGAAUGUUCGAGAAGCUCGACAUGAAAGCGACUCUCCGCCUGUCCACCGGCAUCUCGUCCAUCUACAUCGGAGGGUCACGGACGGCCAAGGAGGCUGAAGGGUACAGGAGCUUGCAGGGAGACGUCGACCAGUUCCGACUGUGGUGGCCCUCCUGUCCUCACUCGACCGACCCCAGCAGGUGCAACCCUUAUGCCUUCCUGUACCCGAUCCUGCGAGAUGGGACCAGAGUUCCUUCCGCUGUCGACCAGACCAGCGGCAAGAGACUGUCUGAGGCUGACGUGGAGAUGCGCCAUGUCGCGUAUCCUGUGCAACAGAACAUGUUCAACACAGUUGUAGCUAGUCCGCAUGACAGCGAUGUGCUUGUAGACAUCAAGUUCGACGAUUACACAGCACAGGACGGGAGACACCUCAUCAAUUCAGCCCAUGGAGGUCCCUCACUCUGUUCCGGCAGUGAUCUCACUGCCUUCUGCGACGGCUGCCCGUUCCAAGAGCGAUGCACCUUCGGCAACUGCGGCGACUUUGACCUUGACUGUGUGCAGCAGGGCAUGAAGGACUUAACGCGGCUUGACAAGUACGCACAGGAGGAGGACUGCCAGUGCCUCGACCUCGUCGACUGUCCCACGACCAUCAGGAACUGCAAGUGCCCUCCCAACCUUCACAGGACGUGCAAGCGAUGCUAUGAGCACGCGAGGAUUUGCGAGCCAGGAGGAGAGCUCUGCUUCGCUGACGGAGACAUGAAGUACAACAACUCCUGCUCCUCCAUUUCCUGCGCGACCCCGCAGACGAUUCACAACCUGUGGUGUCCGGCAGAUCUCUGUGAGGAGUGGGAGUGCUCCUGCUUCGACCCUCUUGCUCUCUCCGGCCUCCAUGCUUCCAGCGUGCGGGUUCAAAAUGGUGUGGGGAUUUGCGACAGCUCCUGCCCUGCUGGGCUCUGUAUCGCAAAUAAUUCUCAGCUGGCAGCAGCUUCAGGCUUGUCGAAUGUGAACUGCUGCGAGCUGAUCGAGUUGGAAGUAGCUGGGGGAGGAGAAAUGUGCCGCAGGUGGGAGACGAAGAAUGUGUCGGGCAAGGUGAAGAACUUUUGCAAGGACACCUACUUCCUUUACGGGACCUGUGAGAUAGAGCGAUGCUGCGUGGCGUGCGAGGUUGUGGCAGGUGUCGUUCCUUCUUCUCCGUCUAGCCAGCAGGGUCUUGUCUGCAGCUUCUCCACAAGUUCCUCGUCUCAGCUCUCGAUGGACUGUAACUUGUCGCAAGAACCCGCGUCUGCCAGUGCCAACACGAUUUUCCUCCCACUAUCUCAUGCGGAGGAGGAGAACACGUCUCCGUCUCUUCUGCAGCACCUGCAAGACAGUAAGCAGCUCACUAAGCCUGCAAGUUCUGCCUCGGGACCGCAGGAGCUCUCGGAGAUGUUGGUGCGGUCAUGGCGUCAUGGACGAUCAGGCGAGUGGGCAGGGAGCGAGCGAGACCCUGAGGUGCGCCGGCUGCCGGAGAAGCUCAAGGGAGGAGCGUCUGGUGUGAGCGUGAGAGACACGUGCGGACAAGGCUUCGAGUGGUUUCCCCUCCUGGGCUGCGUCUGCAAGAAUCGCGUCCCUUUCUCCUUCACGGCGUCAGAGACGAGCAGCGUCCAAGGCGAGCUCAACACGCUCACCUUCCGAGUCACCUUCCUCGUCGACGUCACCAACUUUGACCUGCCAGCCGUCAAGGUGGAGAGAAACAGCAGCGGGACGGGGGAGGGCGGCGUCCUCGUCCUCGUGCUGGAGGGGCUCACAGGAACGCUGACAGCGGACACGGAGGAGCUGCCAGUCAGCUGCGCAGCUUCCGGCCCGACCCUCUGCCGUUGGAACAACCAGGACGCUGACUGCAACUCCCUGCCCUGCAGCGGAGUCCAGGCGAGCUUGUCGGCUUCUGCUGGGGCCGGGCUGGGCUCGUGGCGAAGAGACGUGGGGACACUCACGGUGGUUGUCACGAAGGACAUCUGGAGCUCUAGAGCUGACCCGCGGCCCUUCCUCGAGCUGAGCUUCACGGUGCGCAACCCUCCUGUCUCUCGUGCUCCUGUGCUCCCCCUCCUCUCCAUCUGCGGAGUCCAGCACGCCAUCUCCGACAGCUCCGGCCUUCUCAGCUCCAGCAAGUGGAUCAUCCUCGGGUCUGCAGCCGUCGAGCUCAUCAAGGAGGAUGAGACAGGAAGCAACUGCAGCGUCGCGUCCGUCCGCUCUGUCGGCUCUCAGAGCAACGCGAUCAGCGUCCUCCUCCUCGAGUCUUCCAGCAGCAGCGCCAGCUCCUUCACCUCUCGCCUGCCACAGGGGACGGAGGUGGUGACGCCAACCAAGUCGCUGAUAGAGACUGUGAUGCAACAAGGAGCCGACAGCUCGCUUCUCCUCACCGUCUUCGUCAACUCCACGGCAAGAGAUCGGCAGGGCGGCUGCAUCCAAGACUCUCGCAACACUCUCCGCGUCUGCCUCCGCGGCGUCACCUUUCUCGCUCAGUUCUCCUCCUCCUCGGCCCUCUGGCUCAACACAACCGCCAAAGAGCUUCGGGCAGGGAGCAACGAGAGCUUGCAGUCCCUUGAGAGCUCCUCCUCCCUUCUGACGGCUCUCUCCUCUCCCCCUUGCUGCUUGUUGAACGGCGUAGCAAAGUCCUGCGGAGACAAAGUGUGUAAGCCAGUGCAUGGAGGUACGCUUGUGCUGCUGGGACAGGAUACCUUCACGAGGAUGCCCGCAGUUCAGCUCUCCUCGCGUCCUCUGCUGUCUUCGCUCUCUGACCUCUCCAGCUAUCUCACUGCUCCUCCUCCCUACCAGCCCAGGAAAGGCUGGCGGCAAUUAUGCGCUGAUGGCGCUCAAUCCUGCACCUCGAGGACUAAGAAAUCCAACUGGUUCCCCGUCAGGUUUGGACAUGCGGUUGCCAUGCUGGACGAGUCGAAGAUGCUCGUGUACGGGGGAGUAGGAUGUGGAGCAUGGGGGGGCGGGGGAGAGAUCUGCUCCUCCCUCUCUCCUCUCAACGACCUAUGGGAGUUUGACUUGCGCAAGUUCUUCUCCGGCCUCCCUCCCAUGACUGCCAUCGCCAUGUCACCACAGCUCAGCGGCCUCUCGUUCUUCACCCUGCUCAUCUUCAAGGUGUCAGAGAUCAACGUGGUCGUCUACGGGGGGGAAGAGAGCAGCUUGCUUCCUCUCCAAGUGCUUCUUGGCGUCAACCCCGCAGCCAAUAACCGCUCCUUCCUCACCAGAGAAUUCUCGCUGCAAUCUAGGGCGGCCAAGCUUCACCUCUCCAACACUUUCCCUACCAGCAGCGGGUCAGCAGCUGCUUGUAACUCUACGCAUGUCUUCAUGUUCGGAGGACUCGUCAAGAAUUCUCUCACCAGCUCUGUGCUCAUCUCUUCCCUUUCCUCGCUGCUUCCUGAAACUUCAACUUCUAUCCUCCCCGUCAUCGCUGACAGCCCCACCCCGCGAGCCUUCGCUGGCGUCCUCUCAGUGGAUGCGGCGGUGCUGGUCAUGUACGGGGGCGAGCAGGACAGGAAGGGGCUGCACCAGCUUUGGCAGCUCGACCUCACCUCGCAAACAUGGCGCAUGCUUGGGCUGACCUCGUCCAACUCCUCCUUCGGCCCCAGGCUGUUGUCGGCGAUGUCCUUGUUCAAGCUCCAGGCCUCCUCCUCUCACGCCUUCAUCGUUCACGGCGGGAUCAAGACCUCGUACGAGGAUGGCAAGACGUUCAUGUCAGGUGAGGGACAGGAACAUCAGCCCACGAGCGACGCGAUGCUGUUUGUUGAGACCUCGGAGCAAUCCUACAGCGUCACCAGGUUGCGACUUGACAUGACCGGACGACAACCUGCAGCUCGAUGCUUGCACUCCAUGCUGACCGGCCGAUUCGUCUCCUCGAGCAACGACCUGGUGCUGCUCGGAGGAGUGAACAGGGAGGGGAAGGCAAUGGCAGACAUGUGGUACAUCGAGAGCAGCGAGCAGAGGAGGUUCGCCAAGCUUGUCUUCGUCCUCGACCAGCUGAGCCCAACGACGCUGCUGGGAGCUCAGACCGACUUGCUGAUGCUCAUCAACACGUGCGCCACAGUCAGAGCCCCGGCCGUCACCUCGUCAGACCUCAGGGUCCAGCUGAGAGGGAGUACGUCAACUGAAGUCCAGCUGGAGGUGGAGGAGGGUCAGCUUCUGUGUCUGCUGCAGGCGUGGAGAGACGGAGAGGGGUGGAGGGAGUCUGUCGCAGCUCUCGAGCGAUCCCUCGCAAGACCCUCAUGGCUCCGCAACGCCUCUUGGUCCCCCGUCAACGGCAGGGCCUCCGAAUUUGACGCGCAGGCUCUCAACGGCUACAUCGCGUACGGGCUGACAGGCCUGGGCGUCAAUGCCUACGAGUUUGACGUGAAGGUGUCAUGCGAGCGAUCGAACAUGUCGGCAAGAUGCCUGCGAGGCGUUUGCCAACAACGCAAUCAGAGUGGAGGAGCAAGUCCGACCGUUUACUGCGGCAACGUCUCCUCUCCCUCUGCCUGCCCUCAAGGGCUCGUCUGCUCUCUGCCGCGACCUCGGCAUGGGCAUCAGUCGGUUGCUCUGGCGAUGGACGACAAGGAUGUCUUGCUGACGUUCGGAGGUCAGGAGUCAGACCUCGUCACGAGUCAAGGAUGGAAGUUGAGCAACGCGGUGACCUCAGUCUCCUUCAGCUACAACGAUGCCACCUCAGUCAACCUCUUGACGUCCUGCGACCUUGACUUGACCUGCCCGCCGCCAAGGAGAGACGCAACCGUUCGCAUCAUGGACAGCGAGGGGGGAGCGAACGGCAAGCUCCUCGUCUUCGGUGGGAUGGGAUGUCAGAGCCAAGAGUGCGGGCAGUCAGGGUUCCAAGACUUUCUUGCUGGUCGUUCCUCCUCUUCUGCCGUCCUCUACGACGAUCUAUGGUACCUCGACCUCCAAGACCUCACCAUGGAGUGUGUCACCACAGGAGAUUGCCGGGCGUUCUUGCCAUGGACGAAGGUGGAGGUGGCAGGGAGCAAACCUGCGGCUAGGUUUGCCGGCGGAGGGAUCGUCGACACAUCUGACAACGAGCUGUACUUAUUUGGAGGAGUAACUUACGAGGGCUCUACCUUCCGCGAGCUCUCGGACCUCAACGAGUUCGCUCUUGCCGAUCCCUUCUACAAGUUCUGCAGUGCGACCGGACAAGGACUGACAGGAGCCGUUGCUGGCGUCACCUCAAAGAUUUUCCUUCAGUGCCAGGACAGCUUCCGACGCCCAGCUGACGGCGCGAGGUUCCGCGUGGAGCUUGUGAGUGCUGGAUCUCCCUCCCUUACUAUCUCCCCUGUCGGGCUCGGGCAGGGGAUGUACGAGGGGUCCUAUACACCAGUGAAGUCGGGGUCGUAUUUGCUCAAAAUCUACGUGGGGAGAGGAGGCGUGCAGCAUCAGAACCUGAUCGAGGGCUACGACAAGAAUCCCUCCAACAGCAUCCAUGAGUUCGAGCUCCUCGGCAACCGCAGCAACCAGAACCCCUUCUCCCUCCUCGUGGCUGCAGGAACAACCGAUGCCCUGGUGUCAACCAGCAGCGGCAGCUUCCUGACGCUCACCACAGCAGGGUUGGCGUCAAGUUUCAUGCUGACAGCAAAGGACAAGCACGAGAACUUGUCGCCGGGAGGAGACUCGGUCAGCGUCAUCAUGAUCCUCUGGGACCCUGCGAGGAACGUGGCGGUGGAGCCGGACCUCAAGCCCGAGAGCGCAGCUGUCAGCGACAACUCGGACGGGAGCUACCACGUGGCGUACAGGAUCACCCGGGCUGGAGCCUACCGGCUGUCCGUGUCCAUCAACGGGCAGGAGGGGAUGGGGUCGCCCUUCCUCCUAGAGGUCGCCAGCUCUCCCGCGGAUCCUCUCAAGUCUUAUGUUUACGGCGACUUCUCAAGCAUCCGAGCAGGCGUCUCCUCCUCCCUCUUCGUGCAGACUCGCGAUGGCUUCGGCAACGCCGUCAGAGUCGAUCCGGCCGUCGCUCCCGCAGGGUCCGAGAGGAUCAGCUUUGAGUUUUGCACAUCGGUGGGGCAACAGGACGAGAGCGUGACGUGUGAGGGAGGCAGUCUGGACCUCAACGUCGGCAUCACAGUCGAAUACGGGAUCAGUCCGGAUGGAUACAGCAACAACAGGAGCACAGGCAUGCCCAACUACGGCUUGUAUCGCAUCACUUACUUCCCCUUCAACGACGGCAUCGUCUACCCGCAGGUCCGUCACGGAGUCGUCUACGUCAAGUGCAUGUUCGAUACCAGCGGCCUAUCAGUGGACAACAUGAUCCCAAGCGGGCAGGAAGCUGACAGCUGCAUUGCUGCGAUCCUUGCCAACGAAACAGGAGCAGCAAGGCGACAGUCGCGGGUUUCUCCGCGGAGGAUCAGCUCCUACCAUCACGACUAUUUUAACGUGAAGGUGCAAGCUACCUUCACAGCUCCAGAUUCCAGCAAGCUUCGCUUCUGGGUCUCGUGGGGUCCAGCUCUCUGCGCCAUCGUGGGUUGUCUGCUGCAGUGCGUCUACAGUCUGUGCACGUGGAAGGGCAGGAGGAACGUCGCCCCUCUCAAGCCCUCGCACAUGUCGCGACGCACCAGCACCGCAAGUCAGCCCAACCACGAGAAAGCUGCGGACGAGGAAGGGUUCAGCGUCCUCCGUCACCUCAAGGAUGAGGGAUACCUUGACGAUGCAGAGUUUGUCGCAUGCUCAGCCGGACAAGGGAAGGAAGACUCGAUCUCGAUUGUGAAACGAUUCGAGGCUGCACAACAUGAGAUGGUUGCGUCGCUCAAACAAAUAGCUCGCAGCCAUCAACCCCUGAAUUGCUUGCGACAUUCCCACGCUCAAUCUGUGUUCGUACUCCCUCAGUCGAGAAGAUCAUCGAUUGAAGUGCAGGCAGAAGAUGGAAGAGAGAUGCUUGAGGACAAAUCCUUCUACUCAUAA